GUCCUAUCGGCGAGCUCCGUGUAGCUCUCUCUCUCUCACUAUCUCUCUCUCUCUCUCCUCGUAUCAUCAUCGUCAUCAUCAAUCGCAGGACUCCGAGGAACACGCUCUCUGCAGCAGCGAACUUUCAGUCAGACAGAGUCCCAAAGAAAGAAGAUGGAGACCAUCAAGCACCGCACGGUUAAGGUCAACGGCGUGAACCUCCACGUGGCGGAGAGCGGCGAGGGCCCGCUCGUCCUCCUCAUCCACGGCUUCCCGGAGCUCUGGUACACGUGGCGCCACCAGAUCCUCGGCCUCGCCGCGCUCGGCUUCCGCGCCGUCGCCCCCGACCUCCGCGGCUACGGGGACUCCGACGCCCCGGCGGCGGCGGACGCCUACACCUUCCUCCACGUGGUGGGCGACCUGGUGGGGCUCCUGGACGCGGUGGCGGCGGAGGGGGAGGAGAAGGCGUUCGUGGUGGCCCACGACGUGGGGGCCCAGAUCGCGUGGUACCUGUGCCUGCUCCGGCCCGACCGGGUCAAGGCUCUGGUCAGCCUCAGCCUGCCGUGGGUGCCCCGGAACCCCGGGAUGAAGCCCCUCGACGGCUACAGGGCCGCCUAUGGCGAUGAUUACUACAUGUGCAGAUUCCAGGAACCUGGAGAGAUCGAGGCCCAGUUUGCAGAGAUGGGAACCAGGAGAGUCCUCGAGGGGGUCUUGACAUACCGCAUUCCCGGCCCGCUUUUCCUUGUGAAAGGGAAAGGGUUCGGGCACCCGGUGGACGACCCGGUCGUCUUGCCUUCGUGGCUGACACAGAAGGACGUUGACUAUUAUGUCGACAAGUUUGAGAAGAAGGGCUUCACUGGAGGGAUCAACUACUAUAGGAACAUGAACCGGAACUGGGAGCUGAUGGCACCAUGGGAUGGGGCUCAGGUGAAAGUGCCUGUAAAGUUCAUUGUGGGUGAGCUUGACCUGGUUUACCACAUGCCAGGCGUCAAGGACUUCAUACACAAAGGCGGGUUCAAGAAGAUGGUCCCUCUCUUGGAGGAAGUGGUGGUCAUGGAAGGUGUGGCCCAUUUCCUCAACCAAGAAAGGCCCCAGGACACCACCCAACACAUUUAUGAUUUCCUUAGCAAGUUUUGAGAUUGCUUCUUGCCCCAUCAUGUGACAAGUCGGGGUCCUCAUAAAGUCUGUCCUCUAUGUAUGGCAUUGUAUGGUAACGUUGAUAAUGCAAGCUAUAACAACGUAUCAAUAUAAAAUUACUUUUGUCCAUGUAACAGUUAAAAAAAAA